AUGGCCGGAUGCCACAGCAGACGGACUACAUGCCCACUCGCCGCACAAACUCCCGAGCUUUGUGAUUCUGCUUCCAGAGAAGGCUUGAGUGGCGUCAAUAUCCACACCAAUGGCACGGAAUUCUACGGGACUUCAUCCAAUCUCGCUUUCCUCGGGAGCCUGUAUGCCCGCGCUCGCGGUCAGGCCGAGAAUAGAAACCCGACCGUUCCAGACAAUAUCUCUGGUCUGGCUCCCACUGGAGGCGCAAGCCUGAUGCUGGCAUCGGCACCGUCUGAAAAGGAUCUAUUGCAAUCACCUCACUCUACAAGCGAUCGAAAUGAUGCUCCCAAAGCGGCUUCCAAAGCGCAGCUAUCUAUCGUCAACCUCCUAUACAAUCCCACAUACGCCAGCCAUUCUCCGCCUCGAGUCCAUGGGAGGUCUGAUAAUGACAACCAAAAGGGCCCUCGUCAGAACGACGGCCGGAGCUUCGUGAGCACCGAUGAUGCAAUGAUCUCGCUUGUCCAAGGGCUCUCCGAAGAAGCCCAACUGGAAAUCGAAAAGAUGUUCAUCAGCAGCUACUUCUCCAACAAGCAUUACAUCCACCCCAUGAUCAGCAAGUCGUCUUUCAUGCAGCGCUGUGAACAAGAAGCAUUCGUGUUUGCCAACCGGCCCGCGUUCUGCCAGGGCUCGUCCAAAUUUGCCGGCCUAUAUUUUGCGGUCGUUGCGCUGGGCGCGAUCAACGCGAGUCCCAACGAGACCGCCCUGUUGGACCAUUACUGCAGUCUUUCAUCUGAUCCGGGGAAACGAGGUCUUGCAGACAAGCCCUCGGCUUUGGACUUUGCGGAUUUUUUCUUCGGAAUUGCGAAACAAGCGCUUGGGGAUCUGUUCGAGAGCUCUUCUCUAGAAAGUGCACAGACGCUACUGCUUUUGAGUGUGUUCUGUCAGAACGCUUUGCGUCCGCAUAGUUGCUUCAUGUACAGCGGGAUGGCUGUGAGAACGGCAGUGGCAAUCGGCUUGGCCUCUGGUGCAUAUAUUCUCAUGAAAUGUAUUAAGCUCAGUUCGGCCUUGUCAUCUCCUGCUCAUGAGUUUCAGUCCACCCCCGGGAACCAACUCGAUCCGGACGCAGAGGACGAUGACAUCGCCAUGAUCCCAGCCAUGGUGGCUUUGGCCCAGAUCAUGUCCGAAGCCUCUCAUCUGCUCUACCACUCGCCGAAACGAUCCAUCAGCGAGAGGUCACGGAUCGCCAUGGCCCUUGACAGGAAACUGUUCGACUGGAAGUCCAAUCUACCGAAAUGCUUGAAUAUUGACGCGGCAUCUCUGAACGAUACAGAAUGGGCAUUCAAACAGAAGUUGGUCCUAAGACUACGGUUCUACAACACAUUCAUCCUUAUACAUCGUCCAUUUCUCGCGGUCUCCACAUCUAAUGCUGAAACCCCUAAUACACUUCAGCACGUUUACAAGUGUCUGGACGCUGCAAGGACGAGCAUACGGAUGCAGUGGUACAAUACUACAUACGCCCUCUACGGCGCAAUGAUCCUGCUCCAUCUGGUCCUCUCCGGCGUCCCCGGGAUCAACGACGACGAGCUCCUGAUGGACGUCGACAAAAGCCUGGAUAUUUUUGAGUCGAUGAACAACAUCGUCGUCGCGCGGCGAUGUGCUGAGAUGAUCCGGGAGGUGUUGGAAGUUGCCCGCACCUGUGUUGCGAGACGCAGGGCCCUCUCCCCAUCGGCUGCCGCUCCAUAUGUCUCUAACGCAAAUGCGUAUGGCCUGCCCUCGGAUACUUCUGCUACGAUGGGUACUCGAGAGAAUGUGGUUGAUAAUGACUUCUUCCUGUCGCUCUUCAACCAGGACGCUCAGCCUCAUACCCGGGCUGAAAUCCUAGCGAACCUGGUGGAUCCGACGAUAUUGGAGGAUUUUGCUUUUGGAAAUGCAGGGAGUGAUUUCUCGUACUUUUUUGGAUCAUGA